AGGGUUUCAUUGUGAAUCUAUCUGGUAUUUGAGAAAGAAGAAGAAGAAGAAUGGCGGGGACAGAGGAAGAAAGCGCAGUGAAGGAGCCUUUGGAUCUGAUAAGGCUGAGUCUCGACGAACGUAUCUACGUUAAACUCCGUUCUGAUAGAGAGCUUCGUGGAAAACUUCAUGCUUAUGAUCAACAUCUUAAUAUGAUUCUUGGUGAUGUUGAAGAAAUUGUUACAACUGUUGAAAUUGAUGAUGAGACAUAUGAAGAAAUUGUCAGGACUACAAAGCGGACAGUUCCAUUCCUGUUUGUUAGGGGAGAUGGCGUGAUAUUGGUUUCUCCACCACUGAGGACUGCAUAACAUGGACUGAUGAUGAAUUAUGUAAUCAUUUUAAUGACAACUAUCACAGAAAUUCUAUAACUUCUUAACUAGUGUCCUCGUUCCUUAUGAUAUUAGAUUAUCCUCAACAUGCAUGUUUGCUAGUGUUUUCUGCUAAACAUUCAAUUUUCCUGUUCUCUUUUUAGCAUGAGAAUCAUGGAAUGCUCAUGAACAAGGGUUUAUACGCCAAUGAUUCUUGAUUUGCUAUAUUUUCUGUUUGUUUGUUUUUUUCAACUUCUAAGUUCUAGUUA